AACGUUAUUAUAUUUGGAACAAUGGCCACAUUUUAUACAAAAACAGAUUAUCUUUUUAAAGAAUUAGUUUGAAAGGAAGAUUGAUUUGGUGGAUCAGCUGCUCAACUCACACGGUCAUCGCAUUACUUACAGUGAAUUUAUCUCCCAUUUGAAUUUUCCAAUCUCGACUAAAGAAUAUAACCUCGAAAUGUGAGCGGUGCCUGUUGGUUCUGUGACUGUAUGAGAAGUGUUCCUCAUCCUGCUGAAAUCUCAUCACCCUAUUGACCCUCCUUGUGGUGGAAUCUGUUUAGUACCAUCUAAAAAUAAUAAUAGAGCUGUGCGAUCCUUAUUUCAGCAUGAGAGCAUUUCUGUUCCUGUUGCCUCAGAAAUACCUCAUCACCAAUAAGAUAAGUCAUUUAAGCUUAUACAUAAAGUCUAUCCUGUAAAACAUUUUCGUAAAAGAUUUAAGAAUGAUAUUAAUGUUUCGUGUUCAUUUUGCUCUGCACAUCCUGAAACUGUGCCUCAUUUAUUUGGGCAUUGUUACUAAGAGACUGUGGCAAGAGGUUUCUUGCUGUUUCCUGAUGUUGCUCUUAUGGCUGAUUUUACUUUAUUGUAGAAACAUGUUUGUUUUUUUAAGUUACCACAGAAAGAAUGAGAAACAAGCGUACAUCAUCAAUCUUAAUAUUAUUUUAGCUAAGUUUUCAUAAAUGUCAGUUGCCAACAGAAAACCUCUCCUCAGAUUUUCAUAAAGAACGUGAGCUGUACUUCCAGACUCUUAAAUCCUGCACUAAGAGGACAGCUGUACAAACAGCUGAGUGUAUUUUUAAUGUCUUUAUUUAACUAGUCAGUUUUAUUUAUAUAUGUACUUAUUUUGUAUUCAUUAUUUUCAUUCUUAUUUUAAUUAUAAUUUAUAUUUUCUUUCUAUUUGUUAUGUGUUGUUUGUGAACCCUCCCUGCCAUUUUGUUCACAUGAAUGUAUCUAGCUCUUUAAUGUAGGCUACUCAAUAAAGUUUAAUUUGUUUUUUAAAUCAGACGGUGAUGGAGCAGGUCUGCGUCGGUCUGGCUCGUCUCAAACAAGCCUUUCAACUCACGGGCCUGCUGCUGCACACCAGUCCAGCUGUUGGUGGUGAUGAGUCUAUGAACUGGUUUAACAGACAGGAAGUUAAAGUUUCUGAUAGUAAGUAAAGAAUGCAAAAACAUCAGAAGAUGAACCUGUUUGGGGGGAAAGGAGUGUAAGUAGAUAAGUGUUUCUAUGAAACUUCUUUUAAAAACCAGUUGGAUUAUCUGAAAAUUACCUGAAAACAGCUGUUUUUCUGGGCUAAGAAAAAGUAUGUAGCGCGCUCUUAAUUUGAAAACCCGGAAGCGGACGUGGGUGUGUCACGUUUAAAUGAAUGCCUCCGAAUGGCAGCCUGUUAGCCUGUUAGCCUGUUAGCCGGUAAUAUAACAGUUUAUGAGUUGAGUUUUUGGAUAAAAUGCCGAGAGUUGGAGCUGAGGCGGAGCUGCGGACUCUAACGGAGUGUCAGUACAGUUACCCGGUGGAGACUCAGCGUGACCUUCAGAGCGUUCGCUCCGUCUUCUCUGAUCUUCGUCUCUACGAGGAUUUUUACUGUUUUCCAAACAAAGAGAAGAAGAAGCUGGUUUACCUGGCUGGGACGGUUCCUGUUCUCUAUGAAGGAAGUGAGUAUAAUAUCCCAGUGUGCAUCUGGCUUCAUGAGACCCACCCGGUGUCCCGACCUCGCUGUUACGUCUGUCCCUCUGUCUCCAUGGUGAUCAACCCGUCCUGCCCCUGUGUGGACGCCUCCGGCAACAUCAGUCUGGACGGACUGAAGAACUGGACUCAUGGUGCGUCAAACCUGUCACUGCUCGUGUCAGAGAUGAGGCAGGCCUUCCAGAAGGACACGCCCCUUUAUGCCAGGUCACCUGUACAAGCCCCGCCCCCUGCAGGUGUGCAGGUGUCACAGUCAGCUGGAAGCAUCCAGCAUCCCACCUCCAUUACCUCCUCCUCCUCCUCCUCCUCCUCCUCCUCCUCCUCCUGCAUCACCUCCUCCUCUCCACACAGCAGUCGUCUCUCCCUCACCUCUUCCCACCUGUCUGGACAGAAAGCCAGGCAGUGGGAGCAGAGCAGGGAGGUGAGGGUGAGGAGGUCGUACACCGAGGAGCUGCUGGGGAUCGACUUCAGUGCUCCUCCUCCUUCAUCUUCCUCCUCCAACAACCCCUUCCUGAGCUCCUCCUCCUCCUCAGGUGUCCCCCCUACAGACCCUCUCAGCAGGAUGAUGGGAGCUCUGAGGCUGGACAAAGAGUCCAGCAGAGACCGGCAGGCUGAGUCACCUGUACAGAUGGUCCAAUCAGAAGCUGCCAGAGGCAGACGUACGGCAGGUUGUGUGGUUUUGGUUCCAGGUUCUGGACCAGCAGCUGGACUGCACCAGGACUUCAGUACUCAGAGACUUCAGGCACAACCAGAAGCUGGACUGGACCAUAUUAAGAUGGCGGCUUGUCUUCCUCCGGACCAGGCGGCCAUCUUCCUGUCUCUGAUGACCAUGGAGGGGCGGAGCUUCAGCCCAGGUGAUGUCAUGGAGGCGGUCCAACUCAACAGAGAUUUCCCAUCAGCCCUCAAGUUUCUGACUCACAGCUGCCCUAUCUGUCAGGAGCAGGGUUCCUUCAGCAAGAUCAUCACCAUGACUCACUGCUCCUGUUUCCUGUGUCAGACGUGUUUUAAAACUUUUUUCUCGUCAGCCAUUAAAGAGAAAAGCAUCGAUCAGCUGGUUUGUCCUCAGUGUGGCAGACCUGAGGUCAGAGGUCAGGGAGGGAUGGAGGAGUCCAUGGACUACUUCAACCUACUGGACACACAGAUCCGUCAUUUCCUGCCUCCUCAGAUCCACGAACUCUUCCAGAGGAAACUCAGAGAUCGAGCUCUGCAGGAGAUGCCAAACUUCCGCUGGUGUGCUCAUUGUUCGUUUGGCAUGCUUCAUGAAGCUGACAGGUUGAGGAUGGACUGUCCCAGCUGUAAGAAGAGUACCUGCUGUCAGUGCAGAUCACCUUGGUCUCCUCAACAUCAGGGACUCUCCUGUCACCAGUUCAGAGUCUGGCAGCAGCAGAACCAGCCGGACCACCACAACACCACCCUGCUCAGCUACAACAGCAUUGAGUGUCCAAACUGUCAGUUUAUCUUCAGUCUGUCUAAAGGAGGCUGUCUUCACUUCACCUGCAGUCAGUGUCAGCAUCAGUUCUGUGGAGGCUGCUGUCAGCCCUUCACUCCUGGAUCUGCCUGCGGUUUCUCUGCCGACUGUGGAACCAAAGGUCUUCACGCCCACCAUCCCAGAAACUGCCUUUACCACCUGAGAGACUGGAGCGUGCCCCGCCUACACCUGCUGCUACAGUGUUACAGAGCGUCUUCUACCUGGUUGGAACCAACCAAUGGCAGCUCACCUGAUACUAGUCAGACAGGAGUGUGUUUGGUUUUGGAGCUGAGAGACGACGGUAGCAGACGGGAGGAGCCCUGCGGACGACCUGCUCUACCUGAGUACAGAGGUUACUGCCAGUUGCACUAUAAGGAGCGUUUGGUGGAGCUGAUCAACCGUUGCUGUGCCGACCCAGCGGUACUCUUUAGCCUGGCAGAGAUGAUGGCGGAGCUGCAGCGCUGGCACGUCACCGUACCGACCAGGAAACCAGACGAACCAGAGCCUCUGUACGCACACCGCCUCCGUCUGACUCUGACCAAUAGCGUUCCUCUCAGGAAGCAGCGACGCUCUCCACUCAAACUCAACGAGGACCUCUGCCCUCUGACCUCUGCUGUGGCUCCUGGAGCUCCGCCUCCUCACCUGCUGCUCAGUGACUGACUGACUCUGCCCACUCCUAACACAGCAGCCAAUCAGGAGGCAGCGUUCUGUGUCACCGUAGUAACUACUAACUUUUAUUUCAAUGGGGAAGUUUUGGAGACCACUUCUCUUCUCUUCUGACCACGCCCCCAUCAGUGAUGUCACUGCGCGUGUUCGUCUGCUGUGACAUCACUAAAGAGGGCGUGACCAGUCAUAGUUUCCAGGCUGAGCUGAUGAAAACAUAAUGAGACUAAAAUAAAAGUCCUCACCUGUCUCAGUCGCAGUGACAUCAUCAGUCUGCUGUUUAAACGGACUCCAGCCAUUGGCUUCUGAUUGGCUAAUUAGUUGCCAUGGAAACACAGCCAGAGAAACAAACUUUAGUAGAGGAAGAAAGAAAAGGAACCAAACAUGGAGCGAGCAGCCAAUCAGAGUUCAGGACUGAUGUUCACCUUAAUGAGCUGGAUGUUAAUAAGCACUUUGAGACAUCGAUCUAACGAGCUAACAAUGCUAACGAGUAUCUUCUCAAUAUUUAAGUUUCAGUCAAUAUAAUAUUUCUGUUUCAGUCAAUGUCAGCACCAGUUAGCCUUUGUUAGCAUUUAUUAGCAUGUGUUAAUGCAGGUAAAUGAAUGUGUGGAGAGUUGUCAGUGUUGUCGGUGACGGGAGUUGAACCCUCAACCUUCUUCUGCUUUGGUUCUUUCUGCACUUUAAUUGUUUGAAUGAAUAUAUUAAAUAAAUAAUAUUUUAAUUCA